AUGGAUCUUCGAUCCACUCCUUGUAUCUUUCUUGGCUACAGCACCUCUCAUCAUGGGUAUCGGUGCUUUGAUCCUGAAUCUGAUCGUAUUUAUAUUGCCCGUCAUGUUCGAUUCAUUGAACAUGUUUUUCCGUUUUCAAAACAAACUUCAAACACUUCCCCGGUACCCGACCCCACUCCCUAUGUCUCGGCCUAUCCUACACCCGAUCUCUCUACAACUACACAACCUACCCCGCCACCACAAUCAUCCCCAACACUCAACUCACCACCACAACCUCCCGAUUCUACACCACCGUCGUCCAAUCAACCCACUUCUACACCACCUACACCACCACCGCCCCCACCACCACCACCGCCGCCUCCUGCCUACACUUACUCACGAAAGUCCACUCGCUCUUCCACCACCUCGGCCUUUGAUCAAUAUUCUACAAACAAAGCUGCUCCUAUCCCUCCAUCAUCUACUACUCCACCGCCACCUUCUUCCACCACCACUAGAACCCGUCCACCAAAUCUUCGUUCCAACCCUAAGCAAACGAAGCCUUACAAUGCCUCUUUCCACACCUCCACUGUCGAAUCCGAACCUACUACUUUUACCGUCGCUAAUGCAGACCCAAACUGGCGUAAGGCUAUGGCUGAGGAGUACUCGUCUCUUGUGCGUCAUGGACUAAAACUCUCACCACUUAAGAUGAAAACCACUAUGAACAUUGUCAUGAAUAUCAUUUUAUUAUCGGUGGAUUUACUAAGAUCAAAGUGA